AGAGAGAGAACAUGACGACGCCGAUGCAGCCUCCACCGCUUGGUCCGGGAUUUGUCAGAAAGCUUAUCGUUGAAGUAGUGGAUGCGCGCAAUCUCCUUCCCAAGGAUGGCCAGGGAAGCUCCAGCCCUUACGUCGUCGCUGACUUUGAUGGACACAGGAAAAGGACCAGUUCCCAGUACAAGGACCUUAACCCGGUUUGGAACGAGGUUCUUGAGUUCAUUGUAUCUGACCCCCAUAACAUGGAGUUCGAAGAGCUAAAUAUUGAGGUCAACAACGACAAGAAGUUUGGAAAUGGAAGUGGCCGGAAAAAUCACUUCCUAGGCAGGGUGAGGCUGUACGGAACUCAAUUCUCCAAGAGAGGGGAUGAAGGUUUGGUGUACUAUACGCUGGAGAAGAGGAGCGUGUUUAAUUGGGUUAGGGGCGAAAUAGGCCUUAAGAUUUAUUACUAUGAUGAGAUGAUGGAGGAAGAAGGACCGCCUCCGCAGCCAGAGCAGGAGCCACAGCAGCAAGCUCCAGAGCAUGAGGGUCCGGGCGUAGUAGUUGAGGAAGGAGGAGCGUUUGAGGUCCAAGGCCCGCCGGAGCAUUGCGUACCUGGAGUCCCUCAUUCACCGCAUGUUGUGGUUAUUGAAGAAUCGCCACCGCCGGUGGUCCAUGUACCGCAGUAUCAACCUAUGCCGGAAAUGGCAGGACAACCACCACCUGUAUCGGGAAUACCCCCUCCAGAGGUCCGAAGAAUGCAGUCAGGAAGAAUACCGGGAGGGGAGAGAGUUAGGAUUUUGAAAAGGCCCAAUGGAGAUUACUCGCCAAAAGUGAUCUCUAAAAAGCCCACCGGCGUCGAUUCUGAGAGAGUUCACCCCUAUGAGCUGGUGGAGCCGAUGCAAUACCUGUUUGUCAAAAUCGUCAAGGCUCGUGGGUUGGCCCCGAAUGAGAGUCCAUAUGUGAAGAUUCGAGGGUCAUCGGGUCCCUUGCUCACAUCAAAACCUGCGCAAUACCGUCCAAAUGAGCCCAAUGACUCGCCGGAGUGGAACCAGGUUUUCGCUCUCGGACACAAGGCUGACACAGCGAGCACGACAUUGGAGAUCUCGGUUUGGGAUUAUCCAACUGAGCAAUUUUUGGGCGGUGUUUGCUUUGAUCUCUCCGACGUACCUGUACGAGACCCUCCUGAUAGUCCAUUGGCUCCGCAAUGGUACCGCCUUGAAGGUGGUGCCGUAGAACAAAAUUCAGGCAGAGUUUCAGGUGAUAUUCAACUUGCCGUCUGGAUUGGUACACAAGCAGAUGAAGCAUUCCCGGAGGCAUGGAGCUCCGACGUACCAGACGUGGCAUACACACGCUCUAAAGUAUACCAGUCGCCUAAGCUUUGGUACUUGCGUGUGAACAUCAUUGAAGCUCAAGACCUCAACAUCCCUCCGAAUCUACCCCCAUUAACGGCGCCGGAGAUUCGAAUAAAAGUACAGUUAGGAUUCCAAAGCCAACGAACAAGGCGAGGGUGCAUGAACAACCACAGCCUAUCAAUCCAUUGGAACGAAGACCUGCUCUUUGUGGCCGGCGAGCCUCUCGAAGAAGAUCCCAUGAUCCUGCUAGUAGAAGACCGUACGACCAGGGAGGCCGCGAUCCUGGGACACAUCGUAAUCCCACUGACUUCCAUUGAGCAACGAAUCGACGAGCGCCACGUGGCUUCGAAAUGGUUCUCCCUUGAUGGUCUUAACGGGUGUGGCCCCUACAGGGGCCGAGUCCACCUGAGACUAUGCUUGGAAGGAGGCUAUCACGUGCUGGACGAAGCGGCACACGUAUGCAGUGACUUCCGGGCGACGGCGAAACAGCUGUGGAAGCCGCCCAUUGGAAUUCUUGAACUCGGAAUCUUAGGGGCGCGCAGUCUCAUUCCCAUGAAACCCAGACCAGGAGGAAAGGGGUCCACCGAUGCUUACUGUGUGGCUAAAUACGGGAAGAAAUGGGUUCGCACUCGAACCAUCACAGACAGCUUUGAUCCACGUUGGAACGAGCAGUACACGUGGCAAGUGUACGACCCAUGUACAGUUUUGACCAUCGGCGUCUUUGACAAUUGGCGAAUGUUUGUUGACGCAUCAGAAGAUAAACCUGACAAUCGCAUUGGGAAGGUUCGAAUACGAGUAUCUACUCUGGAGAGUAAUAAGGUGUACACAAGUUCAUAUCCUCUGUUGGUGUUAUCCCGAUGUGGGUUGAAGAAAAUCGGUGAGAUUGAGCUAGCAGUUCGUUUUGCCUGUCCUUCAUUGCUGCCUGAUACAUGUGCACUUUACGGGCAGCCAUUGUUUCCUAGAAUGCAUUAUCUUCGUCCCCUCGGCUUGGCUCAACAGGAGGCACUACGGGGAGCCGCCACAAAGAUGGUGGCGCAGUGGCUCUCGAAGGCGGAGCCACCGCUGGGGCACGAGGUGGUUCGGUACAUGUUGGAUGCGGACUCGCACACUUGGAGCAUAAGGAAGAGCAAGGCCAAUUGGUGUCGGAUCGUGGCGGUUCUGGCUUGGGCCAUCGGGUUGGCAAAAUGGUUGGACGACAUCAGAAGGUGGAGGAAGCCGGUGACGACUGUUCUGGUCCAUAUUCUAUACCUGGUACUUGUUUGGUAUCCAGAUUUGAUUGUCCCUACUGGCUUCUUAUACGUGGUUUUGAUUGGCAUAUGGUAUUACCGGUUCAGACCCAGGAUACCGGCUGGGAUGGAUACCCGAUUGUCACAAGCCGAAACAGUUGACCCGGAUGAGUUAGAUGAGGAAUUUGACACAAUGCCCAGUUCAAGGCCACCUGAUAUAGUUCAGGUGAGAUACGACAGGUUACGCAUGUUGGCUGCUCGGGUCCAAACUGUGUUGGGUGAUUUUGCAGCACAAGGGGAGAGGCUGCAAGCCUUGGUGAGUUGGAGGGAUCCAAGGGCCACGAAGAUAUUCAUUGCAAUGUGUCUGACAAUUACAGUGACAAUGUAUGUGGUUCCACCAAAAAUGGUGGCUGUGGCUUUAGGAUUUUACUACCUGCGACAUCCCAUGUUCAGGGACCCCAUGCCUUCUGCUUCCUUAAACUUUUUCAGGAGACUGCCAAGUCUGUCUGAUCGGCUGAUGUAGAUUGAUUCACAUUACCGUAGGUCUAUUUUUUCAUUUGCUUUUUUUGGGACAAUUUUUCAGACAUCAGAUUUUAAAUAUUGGGGAUGGAUGGUGGGAGUAGGGGUGAGACAACAAUGCAACCAUUUGGCCUU